GGUUGAGACACACCUGCACGCACCGCCCUCCCAUCCCCGGUGGCCACCGUCUUCACACCUGCGGUCCGUCUAAGGACACCGACCUCCCAGACCCCGGCGGAGAAGAGAUAGCCGACAUCCGUCGUACGCAUCACAGCCCCACGAGCCUGUCCUGUUCCUGGAGACUGCUGCGCGGGAGCCCGUCUCUGACAGACUCUUGGUUAUUGAUGGACUUUGGUUGUCCAGGGAGAAACAGAAGAUGCGAUAAGAUACGCCCCCAUCGAUAAAUCGGUUCAUGUAGAGUUUGUCCGCGCAGCCACUUAUCGCAGUCACUGAGCUGACUCUCGGAGUCAUAGCUAUUCUCCCGUGGGCUAUGACCAUCUGAGCCGCCGCAACAAGCAUGAGGACGGUGGACGCCUGACACUUUUCCGUUUAGCUUCCUUGCUCCAUGCACUCUUUACCCCCGCGAUCCCUCGGGGCGGCCGUGCGUGUGCGUGUGCGUGCGAGAGAGUGAAGGGGGAAGAGAGAGAGAGAGACUGAGAGCCGCGUUUACGUUCGGUUACCUGCCCGACCGUAAUUCUGGGAGGACCGGGGAAGCACGCGCGCUCUCCCUCGGCUGAGCAACAAGACAAUAAACGCUUUUAAACACAUGGACCUGAGGAGUUGGUCGGAGGAGUAAAAGACACCAACACACACCCACACACACAUACAUACAUACACACACACCUUACCACUCACACUGACACAUCCUCAUACACACUGAAACAUUAACACUCACACACAGAGACCCAAGCUGAAGUGACAGUGAAAUUAAACAGCCAUGUAUUUGAACCGUGAGGAAGAGAGCGCUAAAGGCUCGGUGUCUCUCUUGGUGUUCCUGGUGUCACUGGCGGUGACAGUGUGUGCCGUGUGGUUGGUGGCUCUCUGUGGAGUCUGUGGAUGGUGUCAGCGCAAACUGAAAUCGAGACUGUUCAGCCUCUUGAGAAACAACUCUGGGAAGAGGAAUAAGCCAGGUGUGGAGACGGCAGGGACUCCAGACUCUCUUCGUGGUGGCCGUGGGGAGAAGAAAGCCAUCAACUGUAGUGGGGAUAUAGACAGAGACUUUUGGAAUAACAAUGACAACAGCUCCCAGCAUCAGCAGCCUCAGCAUCAGCACCAGCACCAUCAACAGCACCAUCAGCAGCAGCAGCAGGCCCAACGCUGGACCUCCUACCCCCCUAAGGAGUUUGUGCUAAACAUGUCCCCCUAUACCCCCUGCGGAGACUCCCGCCUCUCCCUCAAGUGAGUCUCAGUGCAGGCUGGUAAGAGAGCCCCCUCCUAUCCCAAACCCAACCCCCCCAUCCUUAC